CCCAUGACCGGCGAGCUGCAGUGCCGGUGCCUGCAGACCCAUGCCGGGUUGAUCCCCCCCAAGCGCAUCGCCAACGUGGAGCUGAUCCCCGAGGGACCCCACUGCGGGGUGCCAGAAGUCAUAGCCACCUUGAGGGACGGCAGGGAAGUCUGUCUGGAGCCCACCGCGCCCUGGGUCAAGAUGAUCGUCACCAAGAUCCUGAACAGACCCUCCAGUAAGAUACCUGUGGACCAACCUGCCUUGGCAGACACCGUCAUUCCGAUGGACCGAAAAUAAGGAUUUAACUUACCCAUUGCAAGAGGAGAAUUUAGAGGGAUAACACCUGUGUAUUAGCAAACAUGUUAACCUGAGCUAUGGGCGGAGUCAUUGUCAUCUUUUAGACUAUUGGCCCCUUGUGCUAAUUUUGUCUUGCUGCUAGAACCUAUCCAGGGGCUCGGGAACUUCCACCCCGUCGCUUCUCUCC